AUGGCCCCGUUCAUUCUUCACAACACGGAUCAGUCGUCCUGCCCUCUUUGCACAAAAACAGCCUCAAAACAUGAUGCUUCCACCUCCAUGCUUCACGUCCUCUUCUGGAUCAUCCGUAUGCUCUCUGGCAAACUUCAGACGGGCCUGGACAAGUACUGGUUUAAGAAGGGGGACACGCCUGGUCAAAGCCUUGAAGAGUGCAUUCCUACGUACGCAGGGAUUGAUUGUAUUUAUCAUCUGGGUUUGGACAGUAACCAAAACGGCAUCACCAUUAAGCGACUAAGCCUUAAAAAGAGGCCCAGAGUGGCUUUCAAUAAUGGGGAAAACCCACAAAUUGGACAGUGGCAUUCUGCAGAGUCUGUGUCAUUAUCUGGCAGGAAUGAUACAAGAUCAAUGGACAGGACUUCUGCACCAAAAGGUAAACCUCCUCUUCCUCCUCCACACUGUUCUUUGUUGGACAGCAAAUCUACCAAGACUGUAAGUCCUGGCACCUCUCGGAAACUCCCUGAGUCAAUUCCUCGACAGCGUGACAGAUAUUCAUCGUCACAGAACAAAAAUCCAAUGAUAGAUCAGAUAAUCGUAGAGACAAACAAACACUUUAAUCAAGAUGUGUCAAGCCAGUCCCCACCUCAGCCCCUUCCCCGUCGUCGACUAGCCAGCUUUGGAGGUAUGAGUACCCCUGGGUCUCUCUCACCAUUCACUGGCCUAGGUGCCUAUAAUCAGAACAGUGAGCCUGCUUCUGAUAUGAGUAUCCAUCUUAGCUCAUCCUUGGGAAGUAGAGGCAGUACUGGCUGCUUGAGAUUGAGUCCACAGAGCUCUGGCAAAACUACUCCAGUUACAAGCCUUGGAUCCAUGCAGCUUCAGCAUGUUCGUGACCAGAUGGUGGUAGCUCUAGAAAAGCUGAAGGAGCUAGAGGAACAAGUAAAGAUCAUUCCUAUUCUCCAUGUAAAAAUCUCUGUCCUUCAGGAAGAAAAGAGGCAGCUGGUCCUUCAGCUAAUAAACCAGAGUGACAAUGAAGAUAUGACCUGUAAAAAAUCAUCUUUUAUGGAAAAGUCUGACACCAAGAAAAAGGUGAGCAAAGAUUCAGAACCUAAAGAUGACCAAGACGUCUGCACUGACUUUAGAGAGUUCAAGAAACUAUCAGAGGAAAUGCAGGCAUUGGAAAGAACCAUCAAAAAUGGACAUUUGCAAGCAUGGAGUGAAAAAAGCUGUAGCCUUUUGCAAGAUAAGGCUAGUAAGUCCAUUGCUGUUGGAACUGAUAUACCGGUAAAUGUGGAUAUAACUGUGUCUAAAACCUCUAAAGAAAGCAAAUAUACAUUCACUGAUCAAAUAGAGACAAAGUCCAUUGCAACAGAGGUGACAGAGGUUCAUCUUGGACUUUACUCAAAACAAGAGGUAGAGCUUGAAGCCCAGCAAGUAGUAAAUGGUGCCCUAAGGGAGAGAAUUCACCAGCUAGAAGCAGAGUUAAAAGAAUCAGCUCUCCAGACUGAGUUGAUUCGUCUGAAACUAGAACUACAAGUUGCAGGAACCAGGAACCGAGUUGACAAGGCCUGUUUAGCAAGGCCAGCCACUGUCAGCAUGGGCACAGAAACAAAGCUGUCCUCAAACAGCAAGAGAGUGUAUAACGAUGUAGAGCUUCGAGAUGCCAGCACAGGAGAGACAAUACAGGUCAAAAGUGUGGGAGUAUCUUGUGAACCGACAAUGAAGAACACAUGCACAGGCCCAGAUAUGCCUAACAGUCACUGGGAUGUCAAAGAGCGAGUGGAGACCAGGGAUAAAGCUGUUGGAAUUGAAGUUCCCACAAGAACACAAGGAACUGGGACAGAGUCUAUCAACAUGACUGUUUGUGAGGCAAAGCAACAAGUUUCUCAGUGUUUUACUACCAAUUUAGCCAGAGGAGUUGAUCUAGGCAUCAUGGCAUCACCCCAAACAGCUUCACAACUUACCAACACUGUAUGCAGUACUGUGUCUCGAUUUACCAACACCAGCCAAGCCUUCAGCAACAAUUCCAGCACAAAUACACUUCUCAGUAAACAAGACAAGCACACCAACACCACUCACACUUUUACUCGAACAGUGUCUGUCGGUAACAAGAUUCAAGGCUUUACAUGUACCACAGAAACCCGUUCAAUUGGUGUAGAUACAGCAAACCUAGCUGAAGGUACUUUAAAGCAAAUGCCAGAGACAGGGAACAAGGUGACUCGAGACUGUGGUGUUGGAUUCACAAGUAUUUAUGAGAAUUUUCUAGUGGGACUGAAAACUCGGAAUAUGGCCUCUGGACCAUCCCGUCUUCCUGAUCCCAUCAAGACAAAGAGUAUUGGUGUUGGUGAAGGGAGGAUAUGGGAUACUUCUGUUUCUUCUGAUUUGCCUAGACAAAAAUUCCAACAUUCCACACAGUUCCAGUGGGAUCUUGAAUUGAACCAUUACAUUGAGAAGAUGCAUAGGCUCCUAAAGGAGCAUGGAGACCUUCUCACAGGGGAGUCCAACAUCAACUUGCUUUCCAUACCUGAAACUUUAGUUUCUUCCUGUAAGAGUGGCAUCCAAUGUUCAGGAAGCAACCAGUUGGAUGGUAACGAGUCAGAAGUGAAAAGAAUGAUAAAGAUGUUAGAACAACAGUCAGACUCCACUGUGCAAGACAGAUCUAAUGUCUUAAAGCCCUGGUCAGCAAUGAAGAAACAAAGUGGUGACCAGUGCUGUGGCAGCAACAGGAAAAGCAUGAAGUUUUUGAAGGUGACUACAGGAUUGGACCCAGUGUCAGCCUAUGAAAAUGAGGAAGAACCAAGAAGAGACCAUCAAACUUUUAGCAAUAUCUCUCAAGAUGGGAUUCAAAUAAAAAAGGGAAAAGAUGUCUCCAAAAGGGGAUCAAAGGGAUCUUCAAAAUUAUAUAGGCAACAAAGGUGUAAGUUAAGUGAAAAGAUAUAUUCUGCCUGCCAAACUCUAAAGAUGCACCUCGAUGAGAACACAGCUUUGUCCAGCAGAGAAAUGGUUUGA